AUGUCGCAGCAGCACAUCACCUUCUACGGCUCGGGCGCCUUUGUCGUCCGUGACCCGGCCCCAGCUCCAGCCCCUCCUCCCCCCCCUCCCCCUCCCCCAGCCCCGAAGGUCCCGGGUUCCUUCGCCGUUCCCGCCCAGGGACCGUACGACAUGACCCCGCCGGUCGCGACGGCCAACCAGGUUCGCUUCCCGGGAAACGCUGCCCCUAGCGCUGCUUGGGCCUUUGGUGGUGGUGUUCCCGCGCAGCAGGUGCAGGCGCCAGCCAUCCAGGUUCCCGGCUGGGCGUUCAGCGGUGGUGUUCCCCAGCAGCAGGUGCAGGCGCCAGCCAUCCAGCUCCCCGGAUGGGCGUUCACUCCGCCCGCUCCAGUCUGGAACGGAGCCAAUGGUAACAUCGCCGGUCCCAAGCCCGACUGGAACGUCAACAACGCUGCUACCGGAAACAACGUUGUCUGGCGCUUCAACUAGACAAGAAACAGCCAUCCACGAAUCAGCCGACACUAACCCACCACGACGACAAACAUAAAACGGGUUGAGAAAGGCUUGUUUUUCUGUGUUUCUCUUCGGCUGGGCUGUAUGGUUUUUUUCUACUUCCUUCAAGUGUGUGUUGUCUGGGGCUGUUACCUUUCGCAUUUCCUUUUCCAUUUCCUACUGUUGGUUUGAGGCAGUGUCAUCAAGUCGUUCUCAAGGGCAUGGGGGUAGUUUAGGUGUGGGAG